GCCACCGCAGCGCAAGGGCGUGAGGCGUACCCGCAUGAACGCCCCGAUGGGGUGUAUAGAAGGCCUACGGAGCGCAUACACGCCGUUUCGGGGUACUUCUCCCGCUCCCCGUCGUUGUAGUGCACUCCGCGCUGGUGGUGCCUCCGUCUCGGCCCCUGUACAUCCAUUCUCGAUCCACUGGCAUAUAGCAUGUAUCUACUUGCAAAUUCUCCUGAAGAGUAAUAUAUUCCUUUCAUACUACUGUUCCGCAACCUUCAGGCCAGCAUCGCCGUCAACAUACAUCACCAUCACUGUACAUCGCCGGCUAGGCGCCUUGUCGAGUUCAACCCAAACCACCAUGCCCCGCACGGUCCCUCUGUCAGAGGAUCUCCUCUGGCGUGUUGUGUUUCAACAUUAUGAGAGGGGGAAAUCCCCACAGGAGAUCUCAGACAACCUCCACAUCAGUUUACGAACCGUCCAGCGCUGCCUUGCGCGGCAUCGUGCAACGGGCGAUGUUGCAUACCAUCUCGCUACGCGGUGUACCACUCUACAUUGAGGAUGGAUGUACAUGACACAGCGGCGGGGGCACCACCAGCGCGGAGUGCACUACAACGACGGGGAGCGGGAGAAGUACCCCGAAACGGCGUGUAUGCGCUCCGUAGGCCUUCUAUACACCCCAUCGGGGCGUUCAUGCGGGUACGCCUCACGCCCUUGCGCUGCGGUGGCCGA